AUGUUAUUCACGGAGUCUGAGAGAUGUCAGGAGCUGGAGCAUCCUGACAUUGCCAACUUUUCUAUCUCAGUCUUCAUCUUAGUCGGCAUCCUCGUGUCCUACCUACCGCAGCAUGCAAAGAUCAUAAUCCGGCGCUCGUCGCGCGGCCUCAGCCCCCUCUUCGUGCUACUAGGCACUGUGUCAGGCACAGCCAGCAUAGCGAACAUCUUGACGCUGCCUGAGAGCACCCGGGAUAUGGCAUGCUGCAGUGAGAUUGGACGCUUCCCAUGCGCAGCUGCGCUGUUGGGAAUCGCGCAGAUAGGCGUACAGUGGACAUGUUUCUUCUUCAUUAUGCUUCUUUUCCUGAUCUUCUUCCCACGUACCACCGAAGAUACUGAGGCGCAGGACACCAACCUACCAACGUGGAAGGAGGCCAUAAUCGUCCUCGCCCUCUCCCUCGCCUUCUUCGUCUUCGCCUUAUUCGGCUCCGUCAUAUUUGUUUACGCUGCACCGUCGCAUAUUAGAGGUUGGGCGAACUUCCUUGGCCUGCUAGCUACUGCGCUUGCUGCUAUCCAAUACAUACCUCAGAUCAUCACGACCUGGAGGCUGCAGGAGACGGGCAGCUUGUCGGUGCCUAUGAUGUGCAUUCAGACUCCAGGGAGCUUUGUCUUUGCGGCGAGUCUGGCAGUCAGAUUGGGACCUGGGGGGUGGAGCGCAUGGGGCUUGUUCAUAUUCACUGGACUGUUGCAGGGAGUCCUUCUGGGAAUGAGUCUAUGCUUUCUGUGGAGAGCCAGACAAGCUGCUAAGUCUGGCAGCGCUCCCAUCGCCAAUGGGCCUGGAGAAGACAAUGAGCAGACGCCGCUCAUUGGUAACGGAAGUGCUGGUAGAUAG